CAUACUUGGAACUUACUUGGAUGGCCAGCCAAGUAAACCUUAGCGGCUUCUCAUCAUCGCCCCGGCCGCGGCGAUAGCCGGCACUGCACUAUGUCUUGUGGCAGAUAUCAAAGUACAUGGCGUGGGUACUGUGAUCUGAGCUACUUCGGCGUUACCUCAUGUUUUGAAGGCAGUGAGGUCCGUCAUGAGGCUGCCGUGGCCAACCUCCACCCUGGGCAGAGUGGCGACAAUUAUCUUCCAGUUGUUGUUUCUUAUUGUAGCGUCGUACCCGCAUACUACAGCGUCAACGAUGCUACUCCACCCGUAUCUGCGCAGCAUCACCUCCUUAGCUCAAUGUGAGAGCGGGUAUGAAUGGAUGGACAACCAGGAAACCAUGCCUCCUUGUCUGCUCGUUGCCUAUGUUAUAGCGGCCUGUGUCGGAAACACUUGGACGCAACCUGCUUUACCUCCAGGAUCUCAUUACGACGGACCCUCUGGACAAACAGUCACGCCCUGCUAUUGUUCUUGGUCCUGCUAUAACCUGAUGAUGGCGUGCACGUUUUGCCAGGGCGCCAACAAUACGGACAGUUUGCAGACAUGGCCAACAUUUGUCCAGAAUUGCACGUCCAGCGAGACGGAUGUGUACUUCCCUUCCAGUUAUUCUAUAGAGGGAAACGAAACUAUUCCUUACUGGGCCUCGAUCGAUCCAACGACUUGGGAAGCGCAAAUCUGGAAUGAGCAGCAAGCUUAUCAAUACUACCAAGAAAACAAGACGGACCUGAACCCGAAUGCGCCUACUUCAUCCACUGGAUCCACUGGAUCUCAAUCCAGUAACCUAGGUGCCAUCGUUGGAGGCACUGUGGGUGGUGCUGCAUUCCUUCUUCUCCUAGGUUUUGGGACCUACAUCCUAUGUAAACGCCGGCGAUAUCGCCGCGUCCGAACUCCUCCGGUGGCAGAAGUAAAUGGAGGGCAGAACCCGAUUUGGCAGACCCACAAUCGCCAACUAUCUGAUCAGUCUACGACGACCGGUUUGCAACCGAGAACUGUGUCUCCCAUGACGUACUAUACUGGUGCUGGCUCGCAAACGGUUCCGUCAAUACACUCGUCUCUCCCGCUGACGAGUUUUACCCCCGGAAGGGAUACCACUUCAUAUAAUACGAGUGGCGCACAGUCGCGUCCUCCCAUUCCAAUGGUGUAGGGUCGCUCUUUACGUGGUCUUGGGACAAGAAAGAUGUGAGACUGGACUCGAGCCUGCUAUCUAUCCUGCAGAUGUAUAUUAUUGUAUACUUCCCUGUCUUCCUGUCUUCCAAUGUAAUAUCCUUUCUACUGGUGUACACUUCUCUUCGGACAAAUGUAUGUGCCUCUAUGAACUUCGAUUUUCUCGGG